UCCAUACUUUCUAUUGUUCAUUCAGCAUAGAUAUAGAUAUGGAGGUGAGACGGCUUAAGGAGGGAUUCAAAGAGAGCGUGGGGAACUCAGAGGUGAGGAGGACCUUCCUGGAAUUACGUAAAAUGGUGGGCACUCCAGACUGGCAGAGAGCCACCUACUGGGAGUAUACCAGUUUAUCCACAAUGUGUUGUUACUGUAACAAGGAGUUUGGGCUGCUGCAGAACCGUCGUCACCCGUGCACCGUCUGCGGCUUCAUGGCCUGUGGCGACUGCUGUAGUAAGGACCUGAUUGUCUACAUACCCAAUGAGGAGAAGGGGUCCAAAGACCCAGAGCCUAGAAUUGCUGUGAUAAAAAUUGUUGGGUGUCCUGAGCGCGAACCUGACAUGUGUGUAUAUCUGCGGAUCUGCUCACAGUGCCACCUAUAUUUGGAGGAGAAACAAGUGCAGAAGAUGCAGCAGACGCUGACGGACCAGCUUCAGAAAACUGAGCUGUUCUGGACAAAAAUUGUGGAGGCAGCUAAGAAACUUUCCAGAAUAAGAGCAAAGAUCAGUGCUCAUUUACCUAAGUAUCAGGAGCACAUCAACACAAUGGGGAUCGACAGUGGGGCGCCAAGAGCAAGUCUACAGGGAGAAAACGGUAUACAAGUCCUUGCCAGGGCACAGUGUGACAUGUCAGACCUGUUUGUGACAUUUGUUCUGGCAGUAGAGAGCAUCAGAGGAAUCAAACCCUCCACAACACAACAAACCACUGUCCUGAAGAAUCUAGUCAGGGGUAAUUAUAAUUUUUACCAAGAGACCGUGUUCCUGUUCCGUGAGUUGAGAAAGACCUUGGAGGACACCACGCUCACCUCCGCAGACAUCUUAGAAACCAUUCAGAAAUUUGUGGAUAGAAAUGCCAUGAGAGCAGUUUACGUAUUCUUGAAGCAGCUAGCUCUGGAAAGUCUGAUGCUUUGUGACAAUUUCACCUUGAACAACACAGUGCCUGUUCAGUUUGCAGAAGCCGAGGAGGUCGUUUGCCAAGACUUGAAGCAGUGUAUAAAGGAUUGUAAAGAUGACUGGGCAGAGAGUGAGGAAGAUAUUAACAAUGUAUUGAAGGACCAGAUACAGAAUCACAGAGUCAUCAAACUCCCCAAAACUAGGCGAAGCUCACAGCAGCAAGUGACGUCCAAUCAGAAGGCAGAAAUAGAACAUGUGAUCCUCCAUCGCUCUGAAGAAAUUGUGCGUAAAAUCAUGCUCCAGAUGGCGGACAAGUGCUCAGAGAGUCGUUGCUCGGCUUCCAAAGAGGCUCUGGCCAGUCUUUAUAAUUGGAUAUAUAGAGAAUUACGCAAGAGCCAGGUGACCAAUCACAACAGAGAGGAACAAAAUAAUCGAAAUUCUGGCACAGCAGGCAGAUCUGAAGAGUGGGAGUUUAUAUAGAAGUGCGAGUCUAUGGGGUUUGCCAUGAUUUUAUAACAGAUGCCACUCUUGGUGCCAUAAACCCCCUUUACACUGGACAUUGCCCUUUCUGCGUUCUUUGUGUGACCAUGAAACUGACAUCGCUGUGGUCAUUAAAAGGAGGCACAAACAUCUUUUUGGUUGCAAAAAUGAUUGCUCAGUGAUCAGCCAGUAUGUAUAUUUAUUUUUUUACUCACAAACAGAGCCUCACUAUAGGACGCAGAAGGGACACCAUCCGGUGUGAAUGGGGCUUUACUGUGAUAGAAACAUAGGGCAGGAGACGGAUGCUCCACUGAAUCAAAAUUGGAUCUGGGGUCCAUGCAUUAAUGGUUAAAGGUCCACCUUUUCAAAAGAAAAGCCACCGUCCUCUGAAAUUUUAUGCUGUGGGCCCAUGAUGCAGUUAAAAUGCUCAUGACUUUUGACUUAAAAUUUGCUGAAACAUGUAGUACAAGAAUGAUUGAUUUUAUUAAUCAGUGAAAUCUGAUAAUGUACACAUACAUGUCUAAUUGCUUAUCUGUGAUGGUUUGCUGCACAUUCCUUUUAUCUAGUUACAAACACUAGUAGUGACUUACAUAGUACUAGUACUUAAGUCUCUCGCAUAUUAAUUAGCUUGAGUACUUUUUUAUGGCAGCAGCUAAUACUUAAU